AUGACUUCUUUGCUGGUUCCUCCGGUGUCAGUGCGCGGUAUGACAUGCUUGGAUCGUGAUGCAUUUACUACUACUAUAGAGAUACCUUGUUUGAAAUUGUAUAAAGUUACAAUUUCAAAAUUUAUGCCUGUAUUAAAAAAGUAUCUACUUAGGAUGCGGUGUUUAAAACCAGUUCAAAAUAUGGAUGAUGGUAUUAUUAUUUACCUUAAUCCAACAAUUGUUAAAAAUUUUGAAGAUAUUGAUGAAGCUGAUAGAAACUUACUAAAAGGCCAAUACGAAUAUUUUGGAAAAACUCCGUUGACAUUAAAAUAUGAAAACUGGAGAUCAGAAGAUAUAUUCAAGUCUAUUCUUCCAGUAGAAAUUGAAACGCCUACGUCGUUUAGUCAAAUAGGGCAUAUAGUACAUUUAAAUUUGCGCGAUGCACAGUUACCUUACAAGAAUAUCAUCGGACAAGUUUUUCUUGAUAAAAUACCAACUGCUCGUACAGUUGUAAAUAAAACAAAUACCAUAGACACGACAUUUCGUCACUUUACUAUGGAAAUAUUGGCUGGUGAUAACAAUACUGUAACUACGGUCAAAGAAAAUGGCAGAACGUAUCAAUUUGAUUUUGCUCAAGUUUAUUGGAAUCCACGAUUAUCCACAGAACAUAUGAAUUUAUUGAAGUACAUGAAAGUUAACGACGUCUUAUACGAUGUCUUUGCAGGAGUAGGACCUUUUGCUAUUCCUGCAGCUCACAAAAAAAUUCAAGUAUUUGCAAAUGAUCUAAAUCCUGAAUCGUACAAGUGGCUACAAAAAAAUGCUGUUAUUAAUAAAAUCAAACAGAAUUUCCAAAGUUUCAAUAUGGAUGGUAGAGAUUUUUUAAGAGAUAUAGUUAGAACUGAUAUUCUCAAUAGAAGAAAUAAUAAUGCAAUUGGUAAGGAACACAUAGCUAUGAAUCUACCAGCAUUAGCUAUUGAAUUUUUAGAUGUGCUUCCAAAUUGGUUUACUCUAGAAGAAAUAAAGAAAGUUUGUUCUAAUCCACCUAUAAUACAUCUUUAUUGUUUUGUGAAAUUACCAAAAAAUGAAGAUGCUUGCAAAGCUGCAAAAUCUUUAGUAGAGAACAAACUUGGUUGCAAGUUGUACACCGAUUCAUUGGUCGAUAUCCAUAACGUUAGAGACGUUUCUCCGAAUAAAGAAAUGAUUCGUGUAUCGUUUUUGCUAACUGAAAAUAUAUUUAAAGGCGAGGAGCCAGCAACGAAGAAACAAAAAAUAGAAGAAUGUACCGAUUUCCAUGUAAAUUCUACUGAUACAAAUAGCAAUUCUUGUUUGACUUAUAGAGAUAAAGACGACGAUGGGAAAAAAGAAAGGUUUGCAUAA